CUUCCCGACACCGUCCGCUUCUACUUCGGCCUUACGGUGGCGGUCGCACUGGCAGUCGGAUGUAGCUUUUCGGCGCAAGCUCGCUGCGUCUGUGCGCUGUGUUGGGUAGGGUUUUUUGGCAAAGCGGGACGCAAUCUGCUCAAAACACUUACACUCACCCUCAUACUGACCGGUCCAAUCGAAAAUGCGACCCUGAACGGCCGGGGUGUGCGCGUUCUAACCUGCUCCGCCGAGCUGGCCUUUAAUUUGACGCUAACGCGCGUCGAUCUGAUGACGAAACCGUAAAAUGCACUGCUCCAGGGGCGCGAUCGGCUGCCGGAGUUGAAGCAAGAGUUUUCCGCGAUCGUUUCCAUCGUCGAACCUAUCGUGCGGGAGGUUGAGCAUUCUGGCCGUGGUGGUGGUGUGAGGAGGGACUGCGGACGGUGCGGCAUUGAUGGGCCGAUUCGUUCCGCAGCCGCUUAUCAGCAGGCGUACGUGGCCAAGCUUAACGAGCGCUGCCUGGCCCAGCUAGCGACGGGCGUGGACCGGUGCAAGGCGGCGUUCGAGCGGUCGUACGACGAGUGUAGCGAAAGCUUGCCACCGCUCGUCAACACGCUGCUCUGCUGGCCGAUGAAGCUGGAUGUGGCCUGCAGCUCGGCCGAACUGUUCGGGGUUGGUGCCGUGUGCCGCAUGGAGGACGUGCUGGAUGAGGAUUUCGGCGCAAACUAUCGCCUGCUCAAAGUCGGUGGCAUCGGGAUCGAUUAUCAGGUGCCGGAUUUGCGAAACCAUUCCGGUUACAUAACCAUCAAGAAAGCGUCCAAACAGAUGGGGGAAGAAUUCAGCAAAAAGAAACACUUCCUCCGCUUGGUGAGCUACUUUGUGCGCAAAGUGUUUGCGUUCAUCUUUCUCCGUGUGAUAUUCAGCUCGGUCCGAUACCAUAAUGCGUACCUUUGGAGGAUCACUUUCAACAACUUCUACAUAACGGAUCAGUUUCGAGCGCUCGACGCUCGCCGUGUGAGAGAUGGCUUUUCGCUGCUCCCUUUGCGGGCGAUCCAGCAAUCGGAACUGAUUGACACGGGGGCAGGCAUUUGGAACAAGCUGGAACUGCGCCACAUUGUUGGAUCCUUCGCUACGCUGCUGUUUCAUUGCCUUUCGACGACCGUUCUGCUGCUGAUGGACGCACUGCUGUAUGAAACGCUCGACAUAGUGGCUCGCCAUUCGCGCAUUGAGUAUCAUCAGCAAGGAUUCCAUGGCGUUAACGUGACGGUGACCGGUACGGGAGCCCUCGCCGAGCUGGUGCGCAACACUGCCGAAGGAUUCCGCACAAACGAACGGUUAGAUUUCCACGCCUCGAACGAAGCGUGCCUUCCGCGCCCAGUGCCAUUGUCGGGCUGGACCGUCGCCGGCAUUUAUGGACUGUUCGCGCUGCUGGCCCUUCUCAUAACGACCGAAGCGUACGUCCAGCGGGCUCGCCGUCUCAUCUGCUCCUUUUUCUAUCCUGGCCGCGAGCAGAUGCGUACCGCUUACCUGUACAAUCGUGUCCUGCGGCAGACGCGCACCCUGCAGGCGACCCCCGGGCGCAUCUUACAGUUAGCGGACAGUAGUGGCUCCUGCCGAGUGCUCCCGUUUUGUGACCGGCUCGCCUUGCAUCAUCCAAACUGGUUCGGCUGGACCCACACCGGUCGACGGUGUGCGGUGUGUCGGGGCGUCGGAGCACCGCAGGAGUGUCAGCCGGACUGCUUCCUUCGCUACUGUGCCGGCUGCUGGCAGGACAUCGAUCGGCAGUGUGUGGUCUGCGGUGGCCAGCCUGCCGAUUGCUCGAACUGUUGCAACCCGCUCGACAAUCUGUUGACGGCCUGAAGCAGCGUACCAGACAGA